AUGGAGGGUGAGUCGUCGCGUGCGGCUUCAAUGGAAAAGGACCGAUCGAAAUCGGUAAUCGCUGCCAAAGACGUCCCUGAUCCCACCGUCGAUGUCACGCAGGUUAAGGUGUGGGCAUCCGUCAAUCCCAACAUGCUCAAUGCCGGUACCGCUGUUACCCACCAGAACCUCCAGACGCUAGCAUCGAUGAUCCAAGCAAUGACAGGCAUGCUGGUUGAUCAGAGUAAGAAGAUCAAUAAGCUUACUACCGAUGUUGCUAUCAUCAAGGAUGUUCUUGGUGCUGGAGUGUCGGGAAAUACCAGCCGUCGUUCAUCCAUGGGUAGUGUCGGUCGUCGAUCCUCCGCUGGAGAGAUAACCGCCGACGAAAUUUCAGGUCAAGCCAUUCCAUUCGACAACGUCAUGGAAAAGUUAGAAUCACUUGAUGGGUUCUUUGAACUUUUCAUUCAGGAAAACCUAUCUUUCAAGCCCCUGGUGAAACGAACCAAGAAUGCCAAAGCAUCCGGUAUUAGGUUUAUUAACGCGGCGAAGGAAGGUCUUAGUAAGGCCCUCGACGAUGAAAAUACUGCGGCUAUUAAUAGGUAUCUUGCCCAGCUUGAUGACUCCGAGAUGGCAGAUGUCUUUAUUGCGUUGAGUAAACGAUAUCGGUCGAACCAGUCCAGUGGCAAGAAUGUUGCAACAGUGACGGAGAGCUUUGAUACCCAGGUCGGCGACGAUAAUGGUGGAAGCCAAUCUACGCAAAUCGAUACACCUCGACGUACUAGAUCCUAUGCCUUUCCUAAGACUCCUGGUCGCCGUAGAGAUGUUAUUCUAGAUUCCGACGACGAGGUUGAAGUAUCAUUGGCAAACACCAACGAUGAAGACGAUACGUUUCAACCUUGA